UUUUCCCAUAAUCAUUUAUCUUCUUCACCCAUUGUCAAUCAAUUCGCACACGAUUAGAGCUCCUUAACAAAACCAUAGACACAGCAUCUCUCUAUCUGCAACUUUAGUCUUCAUGGCGUCACGGGUUGGAUCAACGAGCUAUGAUGUGUUUAUCAACUUCAGAGGGGAAGACACCCGCGAUACCUUCGUUGGCCACCUUUACAAUGCUUUCAAGGUUCGUGGAAUUCAUGCUUUCAUUGACAGCAAAGAUCUGUGGAAAGGAGAAGAUAUUGGGGAGCUUCUCCAAGCAAUAAAAGUGUCAGACCUCUCAAUUGCUGUCUUCUCUAAGAGAUACACAGAGAGUAGUUGGUGCCUCAAGGAGCUUGCUCAGAUGGUAGAAUGUCAUAGAACCAAUGGACAAGUCAUUUUUCCCAUUUUCUUCAAGGUCAAGACAUCGGACGUUAAGAAUCAAACUAGAUGUUUUGAGAUUUCGCCUCACAGACAUGGCAAGGAGGCACCUAAAACUCUGCGAAGAUGGAAGGAAGCUUUGCGAGCGGUAGGAGACAAGAGUGGAUGGGUUUUUCAGGAUGGGGAUCUAUCAGAGUUAGUGAAUUCAGUUGUUCAACAAGCUUGGAUCCGAUUGAACAUGGUCCCCUUGAUUGGUGUUAAACACCCUGUUGGAUUGGAAUCCCGGGUACAAUCUGUGUUGUCCCAACUAUAUUCUAAUAUCUGUUCUAAGGAUGUUCAAUUCCUAGGGAUAUGUGGUCCGGGUGGCAUUGGGAAAACGGCUAUUGCAAUAACCGUAUACAAUCGCAUCUUUAGAAACUUUAGUAAGAGUUUUUUUCUUGAAAACAUUGGAGAGGGAGCAUCACAUCCCAAUGGUAUGGUUUUCUUGCAAAAGAUAUUUUUGAAAAAGAUUUAUGGGGAGAAAAUUAAAAUAUCCAAUUCUAGAGAAGGAUCAAGUUUGAUAAAAAAAUUUCUUGUAAAAACAAAUACUCUUCUCAUUCUUGAUGAUGUGGGUGAUCAUACCCAAUUAAAAGCAUUGGCUGGUGAUCUCGAUUGGUUUGGCCCUGAAAGUAAGAUAAUCAUAACAACUAGAGAUCAAGGCGUUUUAGGUGGAAUUGCUAAAAAUAGUAGAAAAAUAUAUGAGCCCAAAGAAUUGAAUGAAGAAGAAAGUCUUCAACUCUUCAGCUCACAUACUUUUUCAACAGAUCAACCUCCUGAUGAUUAUAUGCAGCUUUCAAUUGAUAUAGUACGCACUACAGGAGGCUUGCCCUUAGCCUUGGAGGUUUUGGGUUGUAAUUUAUCUUUCACAGAAAAUAAAGAAGUAUGGAAAAGCAUGCAUCGGAUGUUGAAACAAAUUCCUCAUGAUGAUGUCUAUAGAAAGUUAAAAAUAAGCUACGAUAAUCUGCAAGAUGAUAUUGAGAAAACUAUUUUUCUCGAUGCUGCGUGCUUUUUCAUAGGAGAGAAGGAUGAAAUUGUAAUUUCCAUAUGGGAAGCUUGUGGUUUUGAACCGAGAUGCCGAAUAGAAGGUCUCAAGAGAAAAUCUCUCUUAAGGUUUAAUGAAUCGAAAGAGUUGUGGAUGCAUGAUCAAAUUCGUGACAUGGGAAGGAGAAUUGUCAACAAACAAAAUCUUUUGGAACAUGGUAAACAAAGCAGGUUAUGGUCUCGUGACGUAAUCAUGAAGAUAUUACAUGGUGGUAAGGGAAAUGAAAUUGUUGAAGGUAUAUUGCUUAGCUUCAGUUCAAAAGACAACACUCGUUUACACAUAGAAAACUUUGAGAAGAUGUCCAAGCUAAGAUUACUACAAGUUGAUGGAGCAACAUUGGAGGGAAGCUUUCAAUGUCUUCCUUCUGGGUUAAAAUGGCUUAGAUGGCGGGGAUGUCCAUUGGAUGAAAUACCUGCUGAAUUUUAUCAUGAAGAAUUAGGUAUGCUUGACUUAAGUCACGGCCAAUUCAAACAAGCUUGGAAUAGUUGGCCUGAAAAUCAGUUGUUUCAACAAUUGAAGGUUCUUAAACUCAGUUGGUGUUCAUCUUUGUCCAAGUCUCCCAACUUCUCAGGAUUUCCUUGCUUAGAGAGGUUGUAUCUUGAUAAUUGUAGUUCUUUGGUUAAUUUACAUGAUUCCAUUGGGCAGAAUCAGAAGCUUGAUUACUUGAACUUGGAAAGAUGCUCCUCUCUUGAAGAACUCCCUAACAGUAUAUGUAGAUUGAGUUCUCUCCAAAGGAUAAUGCUUAGCCAUUGCAACUCACUCAACAAGAUCCCUGAGUCCAUUGGUAACUUACAAGAAUCUUUGGUGGAGCUUUAUUUGACCGGAACAAAUAUUAAAGUACUUCCUGAUUGUGUUGGACUGUUAAAGAAACUAGAAGUAUUGGAUCUUUCACUUUGCCAUGAGCUUCUGAAUCUACCAAGUUCAAUGGAGAAUUUGACAUCUCUGCGUCGCAUUGAACUUAGUGGGCAUAACAAGCUUCGAUUCAUCCCAAAGCUGGCCUCUACUCUAAUUCAACUCUUUAUUCAUUACCAAUCAUCAAAAUUCUUACCCACAGAUUUUGACGAGAUAUAUUUAGCUGAUGCUUUUCCACUCCAACAUUUUAAUAUGUCAAUGUCUGCUGCUGCUGCUGCAAUUGUGUUAUCACAAUCCUUAAACCCAGACUUUGACAAUCUAGAUACAACUGAAGACAGAUAUCUCUUUGGAAAGGUGCUGCUUCGAUGCAUACCAAAGCUGCGCUCUAUUCGACUUCGAUGCAGAUCAAAGCUACGCUUUAUGAUCUUUCGAUGCAUAACAAACCUGCCGUCUACUACUUUAAUUCAAAUGCAAGGGCGUAUUCAUUACGAGUCAAAAUCAGUAACCAUAGAUUUGCGACGCAAUUGUUGGACUGUGGAGUUUCGGAAGAUAAUGUGGAUAUUUUAUUUUUCUAUUCUUUCUGUUCAACUUCUUUUUCACUUUGAUGAUGUCUUGUUAUUCUUUUUCCUUUUCCUUACUUUCAUGAUGUAUUGUCAUUUCUUUCCCUUCUCCGAACCUUUUUCUCGUUGGGAGCAUUUGUUAUUCGUUUCUGCUAAUGCGCUCUAUCUCUCUAAGCUCUUUCUUUUGUAUCAUACUUCAAAGAAGCUCAUGCUCCUUUUGGUGUUUAGAGAAACUUUCUUUGGCCCUGUUUUUCCUUCUUGGUUAUGGGAUGUGUUGUUACUCUUUCAUUUCCUUUUUGUUACCUUCAGGAUGUCUCGUCGUUAUUUGGCCUUCCACACUUUUCCUAACCUUUUUCUCACUGGGGGCCUUUUUGUUGGUUCGUUACUUUUCAUUGGCUUCGUUUUCCAUUUUGAUUGGUCAUGGGAUGUCUUGUUGCUUUUUUUCCAUUUUUUUCCUUUAACGAUGUCUCCUUCUUUUUCCAACCUUUUUCUCACUGGGGGCUCUGUUGUUGGUUCGCUCCUCUCGCAGAAUAUAGAAACUAUCUUUGGCGUCGUAUUUCCUUUCUGUUGGUUUUGGCUAUUGCUCAUUCUUGUGUGUUUAUUAGAAGUAAUUCAUGCACUGACCACUCUAUGGAAAUGUACUCCUGUUAAUUUUCCUAACGUAGUCCCUGUUGGUGUCAUUGAUAAUCUGGUCCACUCGUUCCCUAAUAUAAGAAAGAAGUUCUCCUUGCUGGGGCUUUACAGCCUGUCAUGGGACGAAGGCAUUUCUAAUUUUUGGAGGAUUCUUAUCAUCUUUGUGUGUUCUCAACUCCUGCUGUUGGGAGAGCCAAAGGGAGGCAGCUUUGCUACAAGGGAUUCAGAUUGCAAGGUGAAUUUCAGAGAAGCUGUAGGGAUAAGGACAAAUUUUGAAGCCGAAUUUAGUGCGGUUAUAUCCGGUUUUGAGCAUGCUCAAUCAUAUAAUGUUCAGAAGCUGUGGAUUGAAUGCGACUCAGUGGCUGUUGUUAUCCUCCUUUCGCGAGGUUUAGCCCCCUGGUUUCUUCUUCAAAGAUGGAGAAAUCUCGGUUCUUAUCUUCUCAGCAUCCAAUGGAAGAUUACCCAUUGCCACCGUGAAAUCAACACUAUUGUAGAUUACCUGUCGAAGUCUGUUGCAAAGUAUGAUGAAUCUAAGCCUGCAUUCACUCGGUCUCCUUUGCUUAGUGUGGAGCUGGAAAAGGAUGCAUCUUUGCAUCCUCGGGAUGUAUCAGAAUUGGUCAAGUUAGUUGUUCAAAGAGCUUGGAUCCGAUUGAAUAUGGUUCCCUUGAUUGGUGUGAAACAUCCAGUUGGAUUAGAAUCCCGUAUUGAUUAUGUAUUAUCUCUGCUAUCAAAAACAAGUUCUUCAGAUGUUCAAUUUCUGGUGAUAAGUGGUCUAAGUGGCAUUGGGAAGACAACAAUUGCGACAGCCAUAUACAACUGCAUCUUUGAAAACUUUAGUAAGAGUUGUUUUCUUGAAGACAUUAGAGAGCAAGCAUCACAACCCAAUGUGAUAGUUUGUUUGCAAGAGAAACUUCUUUACAAUAUCUUUCAGGAGGAAAUAAAAGUAUGUAGUUCUAGAGAAGGAUCAAGAUUGAUAAAAGAAAGGCUUGGAAAAAUAGAUAUUCUUCUCAUUCUUGAUGAUGUGGGAAAUCGUAAUAAAUUAAAUGCGUUGACUGGUGAUUUCAAUUGGUUUGGUUCUGGAAGUAGAAUAAUCCUAAUAACUAGAGAUCAGAGCAUUCUAGUUGGAGUUCCUGAAAACAAUAUAAGCAAAUAUGAGCCUAGAAAAUUGAAUGAGGAAGAAAGAGAUAAAGAAGUAUGGAAAAGUAUGCAUCAGAUAUUUCCUCAUGAUAAUGUCUAUCAAAAGUUGAAGACAAGCCAUGAUAAUCUACAGUUGCCUAGGCCCAUUGGUGAUCUGAAAGAAUCUUUGGUUGAGCUUUCAUUGGAUAAAACAAAUAUUAAAGUGCUGCCCGAUGGUGUUGGAUUGUUAAAGAAAAUGGAGGCAUUGGAUCUUUCACUCUGCUAUGGGCUUGCGGAUUUGCCAAAGUCAUUAGAAGCUUUGACAUCUUUGCGUUACAUUGACCUUAGUGGGCGUGACAAGCUUCGACAUGUACCAAACCUGCCUUCUAAUUUAGUGGAACUUCGUGUUCUUUGCAAAUCAUUGGUAAACUUACCAGUCUUGAAAAACAUGAAAAAUUUGGAGUUAUUGUGCAUUAAAGAUUUUUGGUUAAAGAUAAGUUAUGAUAAUCUGCAAAAUGAUAUUGAGAAAGCCAUGUUUCUCAAUGUUGCAUGCUUUUUUGCAAAACGGGAGGUAGAAAAUGUAAUUUCCAUAUGGGAAGCUUGUGGCAUUGAAGAACCAAGAUGUCGUAUAGAAGUUCUUAAGAGAAAAUCCCUCCUAAAGAUUAAUAAAUCGGAAGAGUUGUGGAUGCACGACCAGAUUCAAAGCAUGGGAAGGGCAAUUGUCAACAACCAAAGUCCUAUGGAACCUGGUAGGAGAAGCAAGCUAUGGUCCCGUGACGUAAUCAUGAAGGUAUUAAUAGGUGGUAAGUCGUUUCAACAAUUGAAAGUUCUUAAACUUAGUAGGUGUUCAUCUCUAAUUGAGUCCCUGGACUUCUCGGGAUUUCCUCGCUUAGAGAGGUUAUAUUUUGAUUAUUGCACAAAGUUGGCUACUCUACACGAAUCCAUUGGACAACUCCAACAUCUAAUUCAGUUGGACUUGGGGUAUUGCUAUUCUUUUGUGAAACGCCCAAACAGCAUGUGUAGGCUGAGUUCUCUUCAGAGUCUCAUUCUCACUAGUUACAAGUCACACGGAGAGUUAAAGCUACCUGAUGGAGUUGGAUUGUUAAAGUUGAAGGUGACAAUCACAAAUCAUCGAGAAAUAUGGACAGAGGAGGAACAUAAGAAGUUCCUGGAAGCCUUAAAGUUGUAUGGUCGUGCUUGGCAUCGGACAGAAGAACAUGUGGACACAAAGACUGUUGUUCAUAUUCGAGGCCAUGCUCAGAAGUUUUUCUCUAAGAGACACAACAUCUCUCUAUCUGCAACUUUGGUCUUCAUGGCGUCACGGGUUGGAUCUACAAGCUAUGAUGUGUUUAUCAACUUCAGAGGGGAAGACACCCGCGAUACCUUCGUUGGCCACCUUUACAAUGCUUUCAAGGUUCGAGGAAUUCAUGCUUUCAUUGACAGCAAAGAUCUGUGGAAAGGAGAAGAUAUUGGGGAGCUUCUCCAAGCAAUAAAAGUCUCAGACCUCUCGAUUGCUGUCUUCUCUAAGAGAUACACAGAGAGUAGUUGGUGCCUCAAGGAGCUUGCUCAGAUGGUAGAAUGUCAUAGAACCAAUGGGCAAGUCAUUUUUCCCAUUUUCUUCAAGGUCAGGACAUCGGACGUUAAGAAUCAAACUGGUUGUUUUGAGAUUUCGCCUCACAGACAUGGCAAGGAGGCACUUAAAACUCUGAGAAGAUGGAAGGAAGCUUUGCGAGCGGUGGGAGACAAGAGUGGAUGGGUUUUCCAGGAUGGGGAUCUAUCAGAGUUAGUGAAUUCAGUUGUUCAACAAGCUUGGAUCCGAUUGAAUAUGGUCCCUCUGAUUGGUGUUAAACACCCUGUCGGUUUGGAAUCCCGGGUAAAAUCUGUGUUAUCCCUACUAUAUUCAAAUAUCAGUUCUAAGGAUGUUCAAUUUCUAGGGAUAUGUGGUCCGGGUGGCAUCGGGAAGACAGCUAUUGCGAUAACCGUAUACAAUCGCAUCUUUAGAAACUUUAGUAAGAGUUGUUUUCUUGAAAACAUUGGAGAGGGAGCAUCACAACCAAAUGGUAUGGUUUUCUUGCAAAAGAUAAUUUUGCAAAAGAUUUCUGGGGAAAAAAUUAAAAUAUCCAAUUCUAGAGAAGGAUCAAGUUUGAUAAAAAAAUUUCUUGAAAAAACAGAUACUCUUCUCAUGCUUGAUGAUGUGGGUGAUCAUAACCAAUUAAAAGCAUUGGCUGGUGAUCUCAAUUGGUUUGGCCCAGAAAGUAAGAUAAUCAUAACAACUAGAGAUCAGAGCGUUUUAUGUGGAGUUAUUAAAAAUAGUAGAAAAAUAUAUGAGCCCAAAGAAUUGAAUAAGGAAGAAAGUCUUCGACUCUUCAGCUCACAUGCUUUUUCAACGAAUCAUCCUCCUGAUGAUUAUAUGCAGCUUUCAGUUGAUAUAGUAUGCACUACAGGAGGCUUGCCCUUAGCCUUGGAGGUUUUGGGUUCUAAUUUAUCUUUCACAAAAGAUAAAGAAGUAUGGAAAAGCAUGCAUCGGAAGUUGAAACAAAUUCCUCAUGAUGAUGUCUAUAGAAAGUUAAAAAUAAGCUACGAUAAUCUACAAGAUGAUAUUGAGAAAACUAUUUUUCUCGAUGCUGCUUGCUUUUUCAUAGGAGAGAAGGAAGAAACUGUAAUCUCCAUAUGGGAAGCUUGUGGUUUUGAACCGAGAUGCCGAAUGGAAGGUCUCAAGAGAAAAUCCCUCUUAAGGUUUAAUGAGUCGAAAGAGUUGUGGAUGCACAAUCAGAUUCGUGACAUGGGAAGGGCAAUCGUCUACAAUCAAAGUCCUACGGAACCUGGUAUGCAAAGCAGGUUAUGGUCUCGUGACAUAAUCAUGAAAAUAUUACAUGGUGGUAAGGGGAAUGAAAUUGUUGAGGGUAUCUUGCUUAGCUUCAAUUCAAAAGACAAUACUUGUUUACACACAAAUGGCUUUGAGAAGAUGUCCAAGCUAAGAUUACUACAAGUCGAUGGAGCAACCUUGAAGGGGAGCUUUCAAUGUCUUCCUUCUGGGUUAAAAUGGCUUAGAUGGCGCGGAUGCCCAUUGGACGAAAUAUCUGCUGAAUUUUGUCAUGAAGAAUUAGGUAUGCUCGACUUAAGUCAUGGCCAAUUUAAACAAGCUUGGAAUAGCUGGCCUGAAAAUCAGUUGUUUCAACAAUUGAAGGUUCUUAAACUCAGUUGGUGUUCAUCUCUAUCUAAGUCUCCCAACUUCUCUGGAUUUCCUCGCUUAGAGAGGUUGUAUCUUGAUAAUUGCAGUUCUUUAGUUAAUUUACAUGAUUCCAUUGGGCAGAAUCAGGAGCUUGUUUACUUGAGCUUGGAAAGAUGCUCCUCUCUUGAAGAACUCCCAGGCAGUAUAUGUAGGUUGAGUUCUCUCCAAAAGUUAAUGCUCAGCCAUUGCAUCUCACUCAACAAGAUCCCUGAGUCCAUUGGUAACUUUCAAGAAUCUUUGGUGGAGCUUUAUUUGACCGGAACAAAUAUUAAAGUACUUCCUGAUUGUGUUGGACUGUUAAAGAAACUGGAAGUAUUGGAUCUUUCACUUUGCCAUGAGCUUCUGAAUCUACCAAGGUCAAUGGAGAAUAUGACAUCUCUGCGUCGCAUUGAACUUAAUGGGCAUAACAUGCUUCGAUGCCUCCCAAAGCUGGCCUCUCCUCUAAUUCAACUUCAUAUUCAUUACCAAUUAUCAAAAUUCUUACCCAUAGGUUUUGACAUGGUAGAUUUAGCUGAAGCUUUUUCACUUCGACAUUUUAAUAUGUCAGUGUCUGCUAGUGCUGCAAUUGUUUUUUCACAAUUAUUAAACCCAAGCUUUGACGAGCUAAAUACAACUGAAGACAGAGUUCUCUUUAGCAAGGUGCUGCUUCAAUGCAUACCAAAACUGCGCUGUAUACGGCUUCGAUUCAGAUCAGAGCUACGCCUUGUGAUCUUUCAAUGCAUGACAAACCUGAACCUGCCGUCUACAACUUCAACUCAAAUUCAAGGGCGUAUUCAUUUCGAGUCAAAAUCCGUAUCAAUAAAUUUGCGACCCAAGUGUUGGGUUACGGAGCUUUUGAAGUCGAAAUUGACAUAUUUUAUUUCUUAUUUUUUUGUUCCUUAUUGUCUUUAUAUUUACGUUGUUUCCUUCUAUUUUUGUCUUUCCUGCCAUACCAAUAGAAUUAAUGAUACCCAAAGGUGGGUAUCUGAAGCGAGGGGAGCCGAUCUUCUUUUGACGGUGUCAUUUUUGCGUAUUCUCAUUAUGCAUUUCUUGCGUCAAUCUUUCAUCUUCCUUCUCUCCUUUCAUAUCUCCUCGUUCGUUUCUUACUUUAAUGAAGUCUUUUCACUCCUUUUCCAUUUUUUUAGUAUCAUGAUUUCUCGUCAUUAUUAUUUUACCUUUCUCCAUAUGUCUGGUCAUUCCUUGGCCUUUUUCUUCUCCUUGGGGGCAUUCAUUAUUCAUCCCAUUUGCUGGUUAUGGCUCGCUCCUUCGUUUUUCCCUCCUGUUGGCUUCUUCCUUAUUCCCUCUGGUUGGUUAUGGCUCUCUCCUUCGUUAUUAUGUUAUGGUUUUCAGACUGCUCCUUCGUUAUUCCCCUCGCUCCUCCGUUAUUCCAUUAUGUUCUACGUGUUGUUGUUCAUUAGAGACGCUGUCAGGUUCAGUCUUUUAUAUAUUCUUUCUUAAGGUUAACUCCUAAGCCACCUCUUGACCCAUACUUAAACAAACGGCUUGAAUCUGUUGCUGCUCGUGUGAUGUGCUCGUUCAAAUGCUUGAAUGGGAUCUGUCGCGAAUGUGUGCGAGUCACGAAUGUGAGUUUUCAAAAGGGGGGCAUGCAAUCCCCUGUUUUUCAGCUCUUGGGGCCAAGGUGCCCAACCAGAGGCUUGGUGGGGAUUUUCGUUUCAGUGUUGGCUCUUGUGGGCUUCCGGCGGAUGAGUCAUAUGGGUCUCACAACCCUGCCACUCGUGGUUGCUCAGCUUGGGGUUGGCGUCAUUGAUAAUCUGGUCCACUUGUUCCCUACUAUAAGAAAGAAGUUCUCCUUGCUGGGGCUUUAUUACCUGUCAUGGGAUGAAGUUCCUGCUGUUGGGAGAGCCAAAGGGAGGCAGCUUUGCUACAAGGGAUUCA